UUGCAUCAUUUUCAACAAUAAACCCCAAUACAGAGGGAGCAUUGACUGCAUGAGAGAGGGAUAGUGAGGGAGGGGACGCAUGUCCAACAUGCAGUUGAACCGUUUCAGAUUCCAUGGCCCAUUUGCCCACCCUCCUUGUCCUACAUGAAUGAGACCUAACGCCCCAUGGCAAACAUGCACUUCAAAAGCUGCCUCUCAAUUACUCACUAUCUAUGUUUACCAUUCCUCGUCCAAUAUAAAUGGUUCACUUCACUGCAAAAAUCAAACAAACUCAGGAAACCAGCAGCCUUAUUGCUUUGUAGUCCACAAGGAUCAUGGAUAGGCUUUCUUUUACUUUUGCAUGUGCCCUACUUCUUCUUGCGGAAAGGCUUAGCCACUACCAUGUGGCGGCGACACCAGAGAGGUAUUGGGCUCAGGCAUUCCCUAACACUAGAAUUCCUGAUGUUAUUGGCUCCCGCUUUCGCCCCGUACCAUCAGAACUGCUGCGUAUGGGUUCGGGCAAUCGAGAUCCCCGCUUCUUCUACUCCGACUUCUCUAAAGAGAAUCAUGAUCCAAGAGAAACCACCCUCUUCCUAGAAAAAGACCUCAAACUAGGAAUGAACAAAAUUCUCUACUUUCGCAAGUCGGAAUUCAGUUGUGCCUCUCCUUUCCUUUCCCGUGAGGAUGCAGAUGCCAUACCUUUUUCGUCUGCUGAGCUCCCACACAUCUUACAGCGCUUCUCGUUUUCUCCCGCUUCUAGUGAGGCCGUAGAAGUCGGUGUUACUCUAAAAUGGUGCGAAUCAUUGGAAGUCGGGGAGAAAUGCGUCACUUCUCUAGAGGCCAUGAUAGACUACGCUACCCCCUCUGCUCAGGACCAUAACAUUACAUUGCUCCACACUAGCAUCAGCAAGGCUUCUGAGCUCCAAGCUUAUACUGCAACAAACGUGCAGAGAGUGCCUACUAAGCCAAGCUCCACAGGGUGCCAUAACUUGCCUUAUCCUUAUGCUGUGUACUAUUGCCACUCUAUAGGCGAAGGAAGAAUCUACGAGGUGAGCUUGAAAGGGGAAGAUGGGAGCACAGUAGAAGCAAUUGCAAGUUGCCAUGGCCACACUAAGAAUUUUGAACCAUUUCCAAUUUGGUUUCAAGCCCUCCCUGCAGGCAAAAAGGCGGAUCAAAACAAUUAUGCUUGCCAUUUCUUACCAGAUACCCACAUCAUAUGGGCUUCUGUUUAAUUCCUCAUGAUGUGAGGAUGCACUCAAAAUAACUCAUGCUACCUAUAUGUUGGAAAAGUAACGAUGUAUGCAGGAUCUUAAAAAAGUGUGGCUCAUGUUGAAUUAUUUUCAACUAGGGUAAACAUGAACACCGUUGGGUUGGAAUUAUUACA